AGAAAUUAAUUGAGAUAACAUAGGAUAUACAUUGGUAUUAUGAGAUGGGAAAUACGUCGUACAUUAAAUGCUUUCAACUGACGAUACUGAUGUCGAUACUACUUAUAGCAACUAUUUUGACAUGGUACAGUAUAUUCACACCCGAACCACUGCCAUUUAACGUGUCACGUGAUAGUAGAUGGUUCACCACACAACCGACACCAACCACACCACCAACGUGCCAACCAGCAGAGAAUAUGGUCUUUAUAAAAACUCAUAAAACAGGAAGUACUUCACUCCAUUGCAUCUUUUGCCGCUAUGGAUAUGCAAAUAAACUCUCAUUCGUGUUUUCCACUCGUAACACAAAAAACGGACAUAUACGAAAAGAGCAUCUCAAUCAGUCGAUAAUACUGCCACCGAUUGGCGGCGUUGUUAAUUCAUCUUCAAAAUACAAUAUACUUACUGGUCAUGUGUCGUACAAGAGGAAAACAAUAAACUCAUUCAUGGAGGACAACCCUAUUUAUGUGACUAUUUUAAGAGAGCCAGCCACGCACGUAGAGUCACAUAUGAAUUUUUUCAGUCAUAGAAAACAAGUAAUGGCGUCCAUGCAAGCAUUCCUUAAAAAACCACGUACCUCAAAAAAUGCGACGGGUAGAAAUAAUCAGUUGAGAGAAUUUGGAUUGUCAUUUGAAUCCACACUCAAUGAAACUAUUGUGAAUGAAACCAUUAUGAGACUGGACAAAGAAUUCGACCUAGUUCUUAUACUUGAAUACUUCGACGAAUCUCUGAUUCUGUUGAAAAAUUUGCUGUGUUGGAGUUUUGAAGACAUAAUAUAUUUAGCACAAAAUCAACGUACCACACGUGAAACCAUCACAGACACAUUUCGACGCAACGUAUAUAGAUGGUCAAAUGCAGAUUAUCUCUUUUACAAUUAUUUCAACAGAACAUUGUGGGAAAAUAUUCGACAAUUUGGACCACGUUUUGAAGUCGAAUUGGCACACUUUCGGGAUCUUUUGAAAGAACAUAACAACCAAUGCGCCAUGUUCCAAACAACUAGCUCUAUAAUUAGUAAUUUGACACGAGUUGUCUAUAAAAGUAGAAAUAAUACACAACUUUGCCAACAGUUGACAUACAGUCACAUGGAUUGGUAUCGCCGUAUUGCAGUGCGACAAGACCCGACCAAAUUCGCCAAAAAGUUCAAAAUUAAUGAGCAAAUCUAA